AUGUUGUUUAAUUGGGACAUAGAACAUCUUUGUGUAGUUUUUUCAUGGUGGCAUAUAAACUCAAUACCAAUUCUUAUUUUAUCAUGUGGAAUUAUUAUUUUAAUUGGUGUGAUUUAUGAAUACACAAAAUAUUUAUCAAAAAAUUAUGACAAGAAAUUAUAUCAAGAAGAAUAUCGUUCAAUACCUGAAGAUGAUAAUUUAGUAUCAAAUGAAGAGGAAUCUAGAAGUAGGGGCUCUAGAAUAUCAACAAGAGCUUCUAAAUCUCAACAGGUCUUAAGAUCAUUAAUUUAUUCUAUUCAAACAACUUUGUCACUUUUCAUAAUGUUAAUAUUUAUGACUUAUAAUGGAUUUCUUAUCAUAAGUGUUGUAUUGGGUGCUUUUAUUGGUAGUUAUAUCUUUAGUAAAAAUAUUACAUAUGAUCAACCAGCAGAAUGUUGUAUUUGA